UUCAUUAAUCCCUUUAGGUGUCUUAAUAAAACACUAACGUAUUAAAAUUGCGUUGAUUGCUUUCACGUGCAUUGCCCCGCCCCCCACCGCCCCCACCUCUCUGCACGUCGCCUCCACGGGUUUUUUUCCCCUUCUUUUUUCCUGCGCGUGCCGCAUUCUGUCCCCCGUCCGCGUCAGAGGGAUGAAGAGACACACGGCCGAGAUGCUCACAGUGAGUGUCGCGCGCGCGCGUUCUCGCGCAGUAUCGGCUCGAGACGGUCUUUCAGGAGGUUUUCGAGUCAUCUCCAUCAUCAUCAUUAUUACCAUCAUCAUCUCCAUCAUCACGAGGUAGGAGCACCGAAAGCUCUCGUGCGCGCGCUUUUGGUUUUAUUUCAUUUGAUCCUUCGCUUUCUAUGAGCGCGAGCGCGAAAUGCAUGGAUUUGGUUUAGUGGUUGUGCUGAAUUUCCCUUUAUACGUGCAGCAGUGUGAGGAAGAGGACAUGCACGGGGAUGAUCAUUCUGCCUGGAACUAAGCCAUAGAAGUGACUGCGUCAUCGCUCUAGCUGUCCAAACAAGGGCAAACGGAUCUAAGACGGCGCCUUGUCAUGAGCAGGAACAAAGGCAGCAACCCAAUUGGCAAGUACGCCGUCUAUCAGCCUGUCGCAGUCCGGCUGGAGUAAGACAGUUGUUGUUUUUUGGGACUUCUGUUCACUCAAUAUCAGCAAAAUGUUCACUCCGGACAAAGCGGUAUGGCUACCGGCUCGUGUGUCCUGGCUGAAGCUGAAGAUUCUGCUUCGGAUCUUCAUCAUGGCUUCAGGAGUAGCAGGAGUCACUUGUCAGCAAGUCCAGUACACCACAGUCACAACAUAUUAUGGGAAACUCCGGGGGUUUAGGGCUGCAUUGCCCAGUGAGAUCCUGCGCCCUGUGGAGCAGUAUCUGGGCGUACCUUAUGCCAUGCCUCCUACAGGAGAAAGACGCUUCCAGGCUCCUGAACCACCCAAUUCUUGGUCAAGCAUCAGGAACGCCACCCAGUUCGCCCCUGUUUGCCCUCAGUUCCUGGAGGAUCGAUUUCUGUUGAGUGACAUGUUGCCUGUUUGGUUCACAGCAAAUCUGGACACGGUGGCCACUUACGUACAAGACCAGAGCGAGGACUGUCUGUACCUGAACAUCUACGUGCCCACAGACGAAGAUGUAAGCGGUGACGAGGAGGACGUGCUCAAACCGGUCAUGGUCUACAUUCAUGGUGGCUCUUAUGUUGAAGGAACUGCGAACGUGAUUGACGGAAGUGUCCUUGCCAGCUACGGUGAUGUCAUCGUCGUCACCGUAAACUACCGUCUGGGGGUUUUAGGGUUCUUGAGCACAGGUGAUCAAGCUGCCAAAGGGAAUUAUGGACUCUUGGACCAGAUUCAGGCUCUCAGAUGGGUAAAAGAGAACAUUCAGGCUUUUAACGGCGAUCCGCGAAGAGUGACAAUAUUCGGGUCUGGAGCUGGAGCGUCAUGUGUCAGUCUGCUGACAUUGUCCCACUAUUCUGAAGAUCUGUUCCAGAAAGCAAUUAUUCAGAGUGGCACAGCUCUUUCUAGCUGGGCCAUUAACUACCAGCCAGCCAAAUACACACGAAUGCUGGCUGAGAAGGUAGGGUGCAAUGAAGACGACUCUAUGGAAGUGAUCCAAUGCCUCCAGAAUAAGAACUACAAAGAGCUCAUCGAGCAGAACAUAACUCCUGCCAAGUACCAUAUCGCUUUUGGACCCGUAAUUGAUGGAGAUGUUGUUCCAGAUGACCCACAGAUCCUGAUGGAGCAAGGCGAGUUUCUGAACUACGAUAUCAUGCUUGGGGUGAACCAGGGCGAGGGGUAUAAAUUUGUGGAUGGUAUCGUGGACAGUGAGGAUGGUGUUGCUGGAAAUGACUUUGAAUUUGCCGUGUCAGACUUUGUUGAUAACUUGUAUGGCUACCCGGAAGGGAAAGAUACCCUGCGGGAGACAAUUAAGUUCAUGUACACGGAUUGGGCAGAUAAGGAAAAUCCAGAAACAAGACGCAAAACACUGGUUGCGCUUUUUACCGAUCACCAGUGGGUGGCGCCUGCAGUGGCCACCGCGGAUCUACACGCUCAGUAUGGUUCACCUACGUAUUUCUAUGCCUUCUACCACCACUGCCAGAGCGAAAUGAAGCCAGCCUGGGCAGAUUCUGCGCAUGGAGAUGAACUUCCAUAUGUUUUUGGUAUCCCUAUGAUUGGUCCGACUGAUCUCUUCAGCUGCAACUUCUCUAAGAAUGAUGUAAUGUUGAGUGCCGUGGUUAUGACCUACUGGACUAAUUUUGCCAAAACAGGAGACCCAAACCAGCCGGUUCCCCAGGACACGAAAUUUAUUCACACCAAACCUAAUCGCUUUGAAGAAGUUGCAUGGUCCAAGUACAAUCCUAAAGACCAGCUGUACCUUCACAUCGGUCUCAAGCCACGUGUCCGAGACCACUACAGGGCCACCAAGGUUGCUUUCUGGCUGGAGCUUGUGCCACAUUUGCACAACAUCAACGAACUUUUCCAAUAUGUCUCGUCAACCACCAAGAUCCCUCCUCAGGAUACGACUCCUUACUCAUACACCAAGCGCUUAUCCAACAAACUUUGGCCGUCCACCACCCGGCACCCAUCGGUUCCUUCAUCUAACACCAAGCAGUCCACGGACCAGCAGAAGAAUCCCGAGCACGAGGAUAGCUCCGUAACCAUAGAAGCUCGAGACUAUUCUACAGAAUUAAGUGUCACUAUCGCAGUCGGAGCAUCCUUACUCUUUCUAAACAUCCUGGCCUUUGCAGCUCUCUAUUACAAAAAGGACAAGCAUCGAUUUGAGGCCACUCGCCGUCCGAGUCCACCGAGGAACCUUGCUAAUGAUGUACAAAGGGUUCCGAAUGAGGAUCUAAUGUCCUUGCAGAUGAAGCAACUCGAUCACGGCCACGAUCAUGAUUGCGAGUCAUUGCAAGGGCAUGACAUGCUCCGGCUCACUUGUCCUCCGGACUAUGCCCUGACUUUACGCCGUUCCCCGGACGACUUCCCGAUCAUGACGUCAAACACCAUCACCAUGAUUCCAAAUUCUCUCUCUGUGAUUCAGUCGCCAUACCAUCCUUUUAACCCAUAUGCCAACAGUACGCCAAGCAAUACCGGCCUCCCACACGGACACUCUACCACUAGAGUAUAACUCAGUGCCAACGACUGUACUUUACAAGCAGCAGAUUAUUAUUUAAGUCAAACAGAGUGCACCUGGAUGUUUGGAGACAAGCACUAAAGGUGUUAUUUUAUUACUGACUACUCUAUGAACUAUCUCAAAUAACCUGUAUAAUGUGAACAAUGAAUGUAAUGAUUUUCACAUUUAAGGCAAAGCCAAGUAAGCUGAGGACUCUUCUUUAAUCUCUAGCACUACGAUACCCUGUAUGAAAGCCCAUCGUUUCUGUCCUGAUCUCUUUGCGUAGACUGUAGACUGAUCUUCUGAGAUCCCCUCAAUCCUAAAUCAGUGAUAUCAUCAGUUUUUUGAUUGGUUGCUCUGGUAGAAACAAUAGCAUUAGCCAUGGCCAUCAUGGCUGUCUUUAGUACUGAGAUCAAUAUUUCCUGAUAAUUAUUGAUUGAAAUAAAAGUUUUGCUAUAAUUAGGCUUUUUAGUUGACCAUUUAAGAAAAAUUUCACCAUCCAGUACCAAAAACAAUCAUUUCCUCUAUUUCAGGUUUAAGGAUUCUAUAGUAAUGGGUUUUAUGCUAAUGAACUCAAAGCAUUUGUGCUAAAAGCAUAAUAGAUGAUGGAAAAGGCUUACAGGAGGUUUUGGUUAAAUUUGGCAAGUCCACAUAACCUACUUGAAUCUUUCCAGACGAAGAUGUUGAUUGGCUUUUGAUCUGUUACAUGGUAACUUGUACUCGGCUAAAUUAACGCACUCCUACACAAAUGUUCAGUGUAGAGAAGACUUAGAGAAGACGUGAUGUUGCACAAUCCUAAUAAUAAUGUCUCCUCAUAAUGGCAUUGUCUAUGGAUCGAAGGGACCAUAAAGACAUCCAGAAAUCAUUGUUAUUCUCAUACAGUUUAAAUCCAGACAAAGAGAUCAGAGUGCAGUGUAAAUAUCUGUGCCAUGUACCGAGUUCAGAUACUGUAAAUCUUAUGAGUUUAGCUCCUAAUUGCCUUAAACAGGGCAAUAAUCCCAUUUCUCAGUCCAAAUAAUGCUUAUUUAAGAGCCUAAAGUAAUGUAUAUAGCUUAGGAUAAAGCACAAAAUGAAGAAAAGGCUAGUGCUUGUAUUGUUGUUUCCCUUCUAAAGACCCGUUGCUUCUCAUGCAGACGCUGUCUAUCUUUUCCGUUUCAUUUGUUCUCGACAUGCUGUUGGUGUUGUAGAUCUCAUUCUCAUGCUGUCGGCUUAACUCUGUGCCUCAAAGGCUAAAUGUCUUUUGUGAUUUUCAAAAACGUCCAAAAAUUGAGAACCUACUUGUGUGAAUGUCAAACUUUGCCAGUCCUCAGGAAGUGUCAACAGACAUGCUGUCAUUUAUUUACUGCCGACACGUUACCGUGGAGACGAGCCGCAUGAUUUUAUAGCCCAGCUGUUUUUACCCACGUCCGCAUUUUGUAGCUCGUUAUACUGCAACGAAAGGUUUGAUUUAAGCCUGACCGCAGAUUUUAGUACCAUUCACUCAACUCUUGCUUCAUUUAUAGAGAAAUUGAUGUGUGAUGCUCAGCGCCUUCACCAAUAAAGUCUCCCAAGGGCAAGGAAUCAGAGACGUUUGUCAGAAGCAUUCUCCCAUCUGCAGGGUGUAGAUGUCAUACAGCACAGCCCUUUAAAACCACUGCUCUGAAAUUCUUAACUCUUAUCAGAUUGAUGCAAUUUAGCAAAAAAAGGUGUUUUUUCUUUUCUUUUUUGCUAACCUUGAGACUUUAAAUAGAGAGAUGAUUUUUCCAUCCCAGAAAGGUUCAGGUUUCAGACAUGAAAGACUGAAAACGGAAACAGGUGCAAAUAAACAUCUGUAUGGUCCAAGCACCGUUGUCAAGUCGUGCUCCUUGAAUACCUUAUUAGAAUCCUAUUGGAAUCCUGAUGAUGGCUCGGCUUCAUAAUGAAAACUCAGACAUUUCAGCUUGAUCAGACUUUGGGGAUCAGCUCAGUAAUUUGACAGCUUUUUUUGUGAAGAUGUGACAUCAUCAAAUCAUAGGACUAGUUAACAGAUGUAGUUUUUGGAUAUUAGCUCAACAUCUACGCUCUUGAGACGUACUUGUUGGGUGGGGAAAAAAAGUUUUAAUAGUAGAACUCAAGGUCAAGAGGUAAAAAGAAAAAUGAGCUACAGUGCCACCAUCAGGCCAGUCUGACGCAUGCAGCCAGACUAAUAUACAGCAUAUAGGAAGAAGAAAAACAACAACCAGAACAAUCGCAAAUGAAACAAACAACAUGGUCUCAGCAUUUGAGGUGCUUGGACCCCUAAUUAUCGCUGAAGGCUCAUGGGCUUCACAGACUCUCAGUUGCAUGUCAGGGGGUGUGGCCUAUUAUACAGUCAUUAUAUGCAGUGAUGAUCAUGCAUAAAGAUGGGAGAAAGAAGAGAAUAUUUUUUGUUUUCUCAUUUCAACAUCGUGUGUUCGGCUUCUGAUGCUUAGAUCGAGGGUUUUUUGUUCUUUAUUAUAAUGGCAGUCCUGUAAAUAUUUAACCUUCUCCUGUAUUUUUGAGCUGGAUUUGUUUAAUCUGAGCAGAGACUAUAUACUAAAAUUAUUCUUUUAAUCUACUGUAAAUGUCCAUUGUAUUCUAAGUAACAGUUCAAACUGAGCUGACAUUAAAGUUUUGUUGAACUCUGUGGUUGUUGUAGUAGGUCUGCACCAGGACAGGUCAUUACAGGUCAGGUCAUUACAGGACAGGUCAUUACAGGACAGGUCAUUACAGGACAGGUCAUUACAAGACAGGUCAUUACAAGACAGGUCAUUACAGGUCAGGUCAUUACAGGACAGGUCAUCGCAGGUCAAACCAUCUUUAAAACAACUUCAGGCUUCACAUAGUGAAACAGCUCUGAUGUGAUGCUGGUGUUGUAACAGAGGAGUCAUGUGAUUGACGUCUAUAAGUAAACAGGACUAACAAACCUCUCGGCCCACUGCAGAACUUCAGGUUCAACCCGCAGUUUUUUUUUUUAAUGUUUGCUUUUGGCUCGCCGUGUAUGAGACUUUUCUGUCAUUUCUAAAAUAAAAGUAUAAUAAAAGAUUGUAGAUCUUU